CUCGAGGAAAGAAGCAAGAGGAAAAACAUAAGCCAGAUGAUAGAAGGUCAGGUGGGAAGGACUAUAGGGGUGACGAUAGGGGACGCUUGGGUUUCAAGUACGAACAUUACACACCACUGACGUCACCAAGGGGACAAGUGUAUGAGAUGUUGGAGAGGCGGGGGGAGGCUAAAAUGCUCGGAAAGCCUCAGCCUCUACCCAAGAAGAUUGGGAAGGUGCCGGUGAGGGGAGACCCUUACUGUAGAUAUCAUCGCGACUAUGGGCAUUGGACCAAUAACUGUAAGGAACUCAAAGACGAGAUUGAGAGAUUGAUAAGAGCUGGACACUUGAAGGAGUUUGUGGUGCAAGAGCGAGGGAAGAAGGAGGAUACAGAGGGGGUUGAUCGAAAGAGAAAGCCAGAGGAGCCGGGAGAGAGAGCUCCAAAAAGGGGUGUGAUCCACAUGAUAGCAGGAGGACCAACGGAUGGGGAUUCCAAUGCGGCAAGGAAGGCUAAUUUAAGGGCCGAUUUGGAGAAUGUGGCGGAGGUUCAGAUCGUUCAUCCUGUACCGGAGUUGACCUUUGGAGCAAAGGAUUCUCACGGGAUUUUGGCACCCCAUAAUGAUGCAUUGGUGGUGAAAGCGGAGAUAGCGAACUAUGACGUUGAAAGGAUAUUGGUCGAUACGGGGAGCUCGGCGGAUAUUAUGUUUUAUGAGUGUUUCAGGAAAAUGGAUCUGGGGAUGGAAAUCACUCCAAUUAGGACUUCGUUGUUCGGGUUUAGUGGCACCGAAGUAGUGCCAUUGGGAGAGGUACAGCUAACCAUGGCCUUAGGAACUCCUCCCCUGAGGAAGGUGAAAGCGGUUCGUUUUGUGAUUGUUAAAGCAGACUCGGCUUACAAUGUCAUCCUAGGAAGACCCAGCUUAAACUCUUUCCAAGCGGCAGUUUCCACAUACUGCAUAAAAAUGAAGUUCCCGGUGGGCGAUCUCAGAGCUCCGAAAAGGGGUGUGAUCCACAUGAUAGCAGGAGGACCAACGGAUGGGGAUUCCAAUGCGGCAAGGAAGGCUAAUUUAAGGGCCGAUUGGGAGAAUGUGGCGGAGGUUCAGAUCGUUCAUCCUAUACCGGAGUUGACCUUUGGAGCAAAGGAUUCUCACGGGAUUUUGGCACCUCAUAAUGACGCAUUGGUGGUGACAGCGGAGAUAGCGAACUAUGACGUUGAAAGGAUAUUGGUCGAUACGGGGAGCUCGGCGGAUAUUAUGGUUGGUAUGGAGUUGCAAGAACCUAUCAAGACACAAUUGAUAACUUUGCUACGAGAGUAUGUCGACAUUUUUGCUUUCACCCCGGAGGACUUGGUAGGCAUUGAUCGCGAGGUGGCCGAACAUAAAUUGAACAUUGACCCAAAGAUGAGGCCUGUCAAGCAGAAGCGUCGACAUUUCGGAGCAGAGUUGGACAUCAUUAUGGGAAAUGAGGUAGAGAAGAUGAUCCAAGCAGGUCAUGUUAAACCCAUUCAAUUCCCGGAAUGGCUCUCGAAUCAAGUGAUGGUGAGGAAGGCAGAGAACAAGUGGCGUAUGUGCACGGACUUCCGUGACCUUAACAAAGCAUGUCCUAAAGACCAUUACCCUUUGCCACGCAUUGAUCAACUUGUAGAUUCGACGGCGGGAUGCGAACUAUUGAGUAUGAUGGACGCGUCACAAGGGUACCACCAGAUACCGUUGGCAGUAGAAGACCAGAAAAGAGUAAGCUUUGUUACGUCCAAGGGGACCUAUUGUUACGUCGUCAUGCCUUUCGGUUUGCGUAAUGCGGGAGCGACCUAUCAAAGAAUGGUGGAUAAGAUGUUUUCGAGACAAUUAGGCAGAAAUAUGGAGGUAUACGUAGACGACAUGUUAGUGAAGAGUCGUCGAGCAGACGACCAUGUGGGAGAUUUGAAGGAGACUUUUGAAACCUUAAGAAGGUAUAAGAUGAAGCUAAACCCCGCAAAGUGUAAGUUUGGAGUCAAAUCAGGGAAGUUCCUUGGAUACAUGGUCACCGAACGUGGCAUUGAGGUGAAUCCAGAGAAGGUACGGGCGGUACUUGAGAUGCAGCCGCCUAAGACAAUAAAGGAAGUGCAGAUCCUCACUGGACGAUUGGCGGGACUUAGUCGGUUUAUAGCACGCGCGGCCGAACGAAGUUUUCCAUUCUUUCGAACUCUGCGAAAAGGAGCUCGAUUUGAAUGGUCACCACAAGCGCAAGAGGCCUUUGAUAAGAUGAAGGAAUUUUUGGCUUCACUACCACUGCUCACCAAGCCAGACCCAACUGACGUGCUAAUUUUAUAUCUCUCAGUGGGCGAGGUGGCAAUCAGCUCAGUUCUGUUGAAGGAAGAUGGAGGGGGGCAGCAACCUAUCUAUUACGUAAGUAAAUUGUUACAAGGGGCUGAGAUGAAGUACACGGAGGUCGAGAAGGCAGCCUUGGCUCUUAUUAUUACGGCUAGGAGGUUGAGACCCUACUUCUUAUCACAUGGGGUCGUGGUACGCACAAAUUUCCCUUUAAAUGAAACGCUAGGUAGACCAUCAGCUUCUGGUCGAAUGGUUAAAUGGGCGGUUGAGCUCGGAGAAUACAAUGUUAGUUUCGAGGCAAGAAAAGCUAUUAAGGCACAGGCAUUGGCGGAUUUUAUUCGGGAGGGCACAAUGGUUGCGAAGCCCAGUGUGUGGGAGGUAUAUGUCGACGGAUCCUCAACUAAA